UGGCCAUCAAUCCCCAACUCAAACAGCCGAGCCGCAAAGCCACCCGGGUUUUCAGCAGCUCCUCCACCCCGAUCGUUCUCCUCUCCGUCGCCGGCCUGCUAGGGACAGGGAAAAAAAAUUCCCCCGUCGCGCCCGCUCAUUACGACGGCGCCAGCCGAGCAGAAGCCGCCGCCACGAUGUCGCCCGCCACCGGCGCCGUCGCAUCCGCCGCGCCGGGAGAGGAAUCUCCCGCCGGGACGGUGCUCCUCGGCAGGUACGAGCUCGGCGGCCUCCUCGGCCGCGGCGCGUCCGCCAAGGUGUACCUCGCAAGGGACCUCCUCACCGGCGAGUCCGUCGCCAUCAAGUCCUUCCCCAACCCCCGCGCCUCCGGCGGGGCCGAGGAGGGACGCCGGCCCGCGGCCAUUGAGCGGGAGGCGGCCAUCCUCCGCCGCCUGCGCCACCGCCACGUGGUGCGCCUCCACGAGAUCCUAGCCACGCGCAAGAAGGUCCACUUCGUCCUCGACCUCGCCGCCGGCGGCGAGCUCUUCUCGCUCGUCGACGCCUCCGGCCGCAUGACGGAGGACCUCGCGAGGCACUACUUCCGGCAGCUCAUCUCCGCCGUGCGCUACUGCCACGCGCGCGGCGUGUUCCACCGCGACAUCAAGCCGGAGAACCUGCUCCUCGACGAGGCCGGCGCGCUCAAGGUCGCCGACUUCGGGCUCGGCGCCGUGGCCGACGGCGGCAACCUCCGCCACACGCUCUGCGGCACCCCGGCGUACGUGGCUCCCGAGAUCCUGUCGAGGAAAGGGUACGACCCGGCGAAGGUGGACAUCUGGUCCUGCGGCGUGGUGCUGUUCGUGCUCGCCGCCGGGUACCUCCCCUUCAACGACGCCAGCCUCGUGAACAUGUACCGCAAGAUCUACGCGGGCAAGUUCCGGUGCCCGAGCUGGUUCUCGCCGGCGCUGCGCGACCUUCUCCGCCGCGUGCUGCACCCCAACCCGGACGCUCGCAUUGACGCGGACGGCAUCGUGGCCCACCCCUGGUUCUGCGACGGCGCCAGCGACGAGGAGCUGGCGCGCCUCAUGGUAGGCGGGCACGAGGAGGCCUGGUUCAAGCCCGAGUUCAAGGAGGACAUGGCGAGGGAGAUGACGGCGUUCGACAUCCUGAGCUUCUCGCCUGGGUCCGACCUGUCCGCGCUGUUCGGCGCCGGGCCGGGCAAGGAGCGGGUGUUCGUGAGCGAGCCCGCCGCCGACGUGCUGAGCCGCGUAGAGGCGGCCGGGCGGAAGGAAGGGUACCGCGUGAGGAGGGAAGGGAAGCGGGGCACCGGGCCGGUCUACCUCGAGGAGGAGAGCGGCGGCAUCGUGGCGAAAGUGAGCGUCUUCAAGCUCGCUGACGCGGUGUGCGUGGUGGAGGUGGUGAAGGGCGACGGCGCGGAGGCCGCGCUGUUCUGGACCGAGCGGCUGCAGCCGGCCGUGAAGCCCCCGGUGCUGAGCUGAGCCUGAGCAGCGCCGCCGAGGGUGAAGCCGGGUUCCUGCUCCUGGUGCCGGCCGGGAACGGGAUUCGUUCGUGACGUCUACAAACUUUGUUGUGAAAAAUUCUUUUGGUUCUUCGGUGUGUGUUGGUAUUGUACGUAUGGUGCCUGUCACGCUCGGUGAUUAGAGCACUAAGCGAGAUUUGGUGCCCCGUCCGCGAAAUCAUGUGUAAAAUACUACCAAGGCAGCAACAAUGAAUCCUUGCGAUGUUGAGACGAGCAACCAGUCUUUUGCCAGGCUCAGCGGAUGCUUCUAAUUGA